CAAAGACAAUAGCAAGCGUGAGUGUGUGUGUGUGUGUGUGUGUGUGAUGACCUGAGGUGGAGCGCUAGCGCAGUGCUCAGUGUGUGAUGGCCUUUCGGAGAUGCAACGUCUCUGCACUACGCUCUGUGGGCUCCUGGCUUCCUGUCUCUGUUCCUGGGGUUCCACUGAUUCUUUUUAUGUGACUCAGUUUCCAUCUGAAGUCGAGCUGACUAAAGGAAAAGAAAUUCAGAUCAUCUGCAGCUGGAACAUCACUGUUCAAGGAGCAAAAGUGAAAUGGUUUAAAAACAAUCAGAAACUUGAAUUGAAUCAAAGUGACAGAUUCACAGAAACCUGCAAAAACAACAACAGUACAACAUUAAUGAUAAAAAAAGCUGAGAGAAGUGAUGAAGGUCUUUAUAUUUGUGAAAUUACACAAGACAUACCUCAUCUGCUGAAGGUAAACGGAACCGGGACAAACAUUAUUUACAAGAAAAAUAGAGAUGAUGAUGUUGGCAAAGUUACAACUUCAACUCAGACCAAUUCAGCAACAAAAUCGCAGACCCGAUCCGUAGCGCCUGAAAUGGCGGUGUGGGCGUCGGCAUCUGCUACUGGAGUCAUUCUGUUCAUCUGUGUGUGUGUGUGUGUGUGGUGGAUAAAGACCAGAAACAGACAAUCAGAGAGAAUGGUGAUCAGGCAAGGGCCUCCGAGCGAAGGGGACGAGCCAGAACACAGCGAGGACGGAGGGAGCUCAAGAACUUCCAGAGGAUCUACACAAUGGUACAUGGUUCCUGUGUACGAGUCCUACUUCGAUCUGCAGAGGAGUGAAGAUGAGCAGUGUGCUGCUUCAGACACUGAUACUGCGUGUGCAGCAGCCAAAAAGUGCUAACAAAGAUAAAGACGAACAACAGGAAGUCUGGUCAGAAAUCCCCAGCUUAGCUUGAAACUACAGAGCUAACAAUGCCAUUGACAGAACGUUGGUCAUUUCAGUGGAACAUAAGUUUUGUGUCACAGAUCUAUUUUGUGAGUAUCGAAUACAAUUGUGCCAGCAGGAAAUUUGCGACUUUAACCAAUACCUUUGACUCUACCGCUUGGUGAAAGCGAUCCAAAAUGGAGGAAGCGCUCAUUCUUUUAGCAUGAAAAUUUUCUGUUUUCUUUUUAGUAGUUUAACCAGACAGAUAAACUGCUAACAUGACACAAACGUUUGUAAGCAGCUGCUACUGUUUACUGUCAUUUAGCAAAGGUUUAACUGCAACAAAAUGUACAUGAAUUUACAGCUAGCUAACUAAUGCCAUGCUAAUUUGCCAGUCCUGUGCCUAUUUUUAAAGAUUUCUAGCCGACAGCUACAGUAGAGCACGUUGCAUUAGCAUGAUUUUAAGCAGUCCUAAUAGGGCUAAAAGUAAAUGGAAGCUAAUUGAGCAUUAAGCCUGGUUUUCUUUACAGCUUUCCGCUAACAGUGAAGUGAACAAAGUGUGUAUUUCUGCAGUAGUGUUUGAUGUGUGCUAGCGCUGAGGUGUUUUUUUCUGUAAAGGCCAAGUCAUAUAUAUGUGUGUGUGUGUGUGUGUGUGUUCUAUCUCAUGAAAAUGUUCUUCUUAAAGAACAGGACAUCCUGAAGCUCUGUGUU